AUGCUGAACUUAAGUUACGAUGAGAUCUGCGCAAGAUUCGACCGGCUUAUCUCCAACGGUAUCAUCAAUUUCCAGCCAAACAAGCCGAUUCUGGUGGUCGAUGGCGGCAUGACCCCGCCCCUAAUCGGAAUCCAGUUUUCCUUUCACUUGGUUGAGUCUCUCAAAAGCAAGCCCCAAGCCAAGGACGCCUCUGAAAUCAAAUCAGGUUUGACACAGGUCAAUACACAGUGCGCGUCCUUCGGUCCAGGCAGCGAUAUAGCAAAUGAGCAUCCGGAUAUUUGCAUCACCACAGUCAAUAACACCCACUAUCUUGUCAUCAACAAAUUUCCCGUCUUCCGUCCCAUGCUGUUAUUGUUGACCGUGGACUCCUAUCAGCGGCAGCACGAGCCUCUCGUUCUUGAAGACAUAGAAGCUGCAUGGAGUACGAUCUGUGGAUUAAAGGAUGAACAUUAUGUUUUCUUUAAUUGUACAGUCCUAGCUGGGUCAAGUAGGGAGCAUAAACAUUUACAAGUUAUCCCAGCGCCAGGGAAGCGUGAAGGGUACGAUGAAGGAUUCAAGUUUUUUCCAGAUGAUACGGCUUCGAAAACGGGACCUUCUUUCGUGCAUUUUCUGCAGAGAUUUGAGGACUCUACUGGCUGUGUGGGAAAUGGUGAGCACCUGCUAGAAAUUUAUCAAUCUCUAUUGCACCAAGCGAGAGGGGCGCUAGGCUUGCUGACGGAAGACGUCCCUUGUCCCCAUAAUUUUAUCCUCACGAGAAGAUGGAUGAUGGUAAUUCCUCGACGGGCUAAGGAAUUCCACGGCAUUACGGCAAAUUCAGCUGGAAUGAUGGGAUCGGUUUAUAUCUGGAAUCAUGACCAACUGAAUGCAUGGAAAGACAUUGGACCAAUGAAGGUCCUGGCAGGGUUAGGGCUGCCCAGGGGGAAGUGA